ACUUCAUCGCUAAUCUAGCUCUUGCAGAUUUUAUAUACUCAAUCUAUGUGAUGUCCCCAUGCGCUGCUGCUUUAGUAGAUAGGAGUUGGGAAUUAAAUGACACAGCUUGUGAAGUUUAUUCAUUUGUCAGCUGCACAUUAAUGACUGCAUCGAAUAUGAGUUUGGCUGCUAUAAGUGUCGACAGAGCUCUUGCCGUCAAUAAGCCUUUUCAUUAUCCCAAUCUGGUUACUUUUUGCAGAGUGAAGUUAGUCCUCCUUUUUGUAUGGAUUCAUGCGUUUUGCUUAUCACUCAUACCAGCAAUCGGCGACUGGUAUGUUUUCGAAGCUUGGGACAUGAUAUGCAAUCCUCGCUGGGAGAAAGCCAACCCUUUUUUUGCAGUAAUGUCUACAAUACUUAGUUUCGCUUUACCGUCAUUUUUGUUACUCAUCAGCAACCUUUCCAUUAUAUCUGCAAUCAGAAAAUCACGUAGUGUUGUCUUUCAGAUUAGUGGCUCUGAAACAAUGCCUCAAAUUUGCGCCAAAAACCAUGCGAAGACUCUCAGAUCAUUGUAUGUUUUAGUUGUGGCCUAUUUCAUCUGUACGCCCACUUUCUACAUCUUGAAACUUCGUUCCGUUUUGGAACGUAAAAACAUAUUACAAAGCAAGUUCCCUUUGGUUCCAAUUAUCCUGCAAUUCGCGACUGCCGCACUGAAUCCUCUUAUAUACUUCAUUUUACGCAAAGAACACAGAGAAGCAUGCUUAGUGAUAAUUCGUUCAAUUUUUAGCAAGUUCCGGAAAUUCAUACAUGAUAUAUGUGGCCAUUAUGAACCAGAUUCGGAACCAGAAUUUCCUUUCGAAUAAAAGAAUUAACAUAAUUUAAUUUAAUAAUCUUUUUAAUGCGUAUGUAAAAUUUUUUAAUGUGUAAUUAUACAAAAGAGUAGUUUCCAAAUCAAAUCAAUUAAAAAAGCUCUUUAGAUUCGUUCCUUUAUUUUAUUUAAACUACAUUUAUUUCUUCAAAAAUAGUUAUAUAAAGAUAUAUAUAAUGUCAUAAACUGUUUUAAGAAAGAAAAAUGUUAACAUACUAUGGCAACACAUGUGAAUACUAUUUUUCCAGAGCGAGUAAAUCUUCAUGAGAGACAGUCUCCGAGACAAAACAAACUACCUCCGAGAUUCCGAUGCCCGGUAUUACAAGUAUACAACAACCUCAACUACUUGUACAAUACUUUAAUAUACAGCAUGUUCUGCAAAAUACAUAUUUCGCCCAUUUUAUAAAAGAAAUACCUCUGAAGGGAAAUGAAAGCGACAAAGCUAUUACCAUGGCGCUUAUCAAAUCACACCAAACAUCUUUUAAGAUGAUGUAAUAAUUAAAGGAAUGAUGGUAAAUACACACUAAAAUCCUCUUUGGAGUACAUUUCGUUAAACAAAAGAGGUACUAAUUUAGGUCCUUUGCAAAAGGGAAGUUUCAUAAACAAAAUUGUACUUGUUUGUAACAAGUACUUAUUGAAUAGAUAAAAAGAGUAGACACAGAAAUAUACCACUACGGCUCAUAAUUUCUGUGAAUUAUAAAGGAGAGAGGAAAAUUCAUAAAGUCACAACCGCUGCGAGAAAAUAAAUGCUACUUUAAACACUAUACAAUUAAAAUUGAUUAUCAUUAACUGCAACAUAUCAGUAAUAUCCUCUCUGAAAUAAUAUCAACAUUAAAUUUUCAACACUAAACUUUCUAUCAGUGACGGCUACUUACAGGCGAUAAAGCACUGUAGCAGAUUUAGCAUUACUCAGACACUUGGAUUCCUGCUACAUUACACACUGUUAUUUUAAAUUUUAUUACAGACAACUCUAUCGAGGCUAAUUUUUACCCUUGCUUUUUACACUCUCACCAUUUUAUUGGGCUGCUCGUCGACUAAUGGCAGAAAAAUGUUGAAGACGGGCGUAGGAUUAAGGGAAUUUUUUUUUUCUUUCCAGCAGUUCAUAAUAUCACCACUUUAUAGUUAAUACAGGGUUCGUAUGGUAUUUAUGUUUUUUGGAAUCAAUUUUUGGUCCUUAAUUUUGACGAAAAUCGGCAGAAGGUCCUUAAUUUUAUCAUCAGAAAUUUCUGUCUGUUUUUUACGACUGCCAUAUUGAGUGUGAAUUAGCAUUUC